UUCUUUUACUUCAUCCGCAAUUUUCUGAUAUUCUCUCUCUCUCUCUCGCAUAAACACGAAAUCCAAAUCUAGGGUUUUUUUCAUUGUUGAUCGUUCAGAGAAACUCAUACGUCUGUUGAAUCUCAAAGAUGUCUUCAUUCGUUCAUCAGAGAAACACCCAUCGCCACGCUGGAAACACGUUGAAGAGACCGCUCGACAACCCCGGUGGCUACGGCGGAAGAAUCGGAGGUUUCCAAGAGGAGGAUCGAAGCCGUUACGCGCCGCCGCCUCAGAAACGCCCCAGAUACCAGACGCAACCGCAAUUCCAAUCGGGGACUCCUCCUCUGUAUAAUCGUCGUCAUCAACAUGAUGAUAGUAACUUGUCUAGGGUUUCUAAUUACGGUGAUGUGAUCAAUUCUAAUUCGAGUAAUAUCUCUACUUUUACCCAUCGUAAUUCGCAAUCUAACGCUGAUUAUCAGAAACCUUACGGUUAUGGAAACCCUAAUCCCCAAUCGGUUCCGCUUCCUUUGCCUUAUCGCAAACUUGACGGUUUCGAUUCGUUACCGGAAUGGGUUCCUAAUUUCGCACCCAACACAAACCGUGACGUAACCGGAGUCCGGUUUAAUGCUAAUCCACCACUUUCUCAAGCACCACCCGUGUUUACGAAUUUGCCAAAUUCAAUGCCUUUGACUCAUUCAAACAUGGAUUCUGUUGUGUCUCAAUCGUUACCACAACAACCUAUUGUGAGCAAAGAAUUGGCAGAUUUACUUAGCGUUCUUAACAACAAAGAAAAAGAGAAAGAAUGUGAUCUUGGGCUUGAUUUUGAUAAAAUUAAUCUUAACGUGCGACAUGAAUCUGUUGUUAAGUCUCUUUAUUCCGACAUGCCGAGGCAGUGUUCGUCGUGUGGUGUUAGAUUCAAGUGUCAAGAAGAGCACAGCAAGCACAUGGACUGGCAUGUUAGGAAGAACAGGAUGGCUAAAGACGCGACCAAGGCCAUGACUACGAGGGUGAGCCAGAAACCGAAGAAGUCGCGUGAUUGGUUUGCGAGCUCGUCUCUUUGGCUCAGUGCAGCAACAGGAGCGACGGUCGAAGGGGCUAAACCUGCUUUUGGAGGAACCCAGAAGACUAAAGAAGAGGAGAAGCAGCAGCAACAUAUGGUGCAUGCUGACGAGAACCAGAAGAUGUGUGCGUUGUGCUUGGAAUCGUUGGAAGAGUUUUUCAGCCAUGAAGAAGAUGAUUGGAUGUACAGAGAUGCUGUCUACUUGCACAUGAACGGGUCUGGUCCUAUAGCUCAUGUCAAGUGUAUGCCCGAACCACGAAAAGCGCCUGCAAAGGAAUCGACAAAGCCAGUUAUGGUUGCUGCGAGUGCAGUUGUCUGCUGAUAGAUUUACUUAGUCUAGACUCUUAGAGAUUUGAUUCUUGCUCCUUUCUUUGUAACUAAUGAACAUGCACAAAUUAAGAGUUGUAAAACACAUUGAAAUUUCAAUAAAAUAUUACAUUUGAUAUCA